AUGGCUUUUACAACGUACCAGCUAUUUCUUGCUGGUCUUAUGUUAGUAACUGGCACUAUAAAUACUUUAUCAACAAAAUGGGCUGAUAGACAAAACGCACGUUACUGUAAUCGAACAGGCCCAGCAGAAGGAUUUGAGCAUCCAUUUCUUCAAGCUAUUGGCAUGUUUGUGGGUGAAUUUUUAUGUUUAUUAGUAUUCAAAUUUAUAUGGUAUUCAACAGCUCGAUAUCGUAUUAAUCAAAUGACAUAUAAAGGCGACUCAUCAGCUGCAGUUGUUAAAUGUUGGCCCAUACACAUCGAUAAAGAUAUUCAUUUACUUCACGGUGAACAAGUAUUCAAUCCGUUAAUAUUUUGGGCUGCGUCUAUACUUGAUAUGUGUUCAACUUGUUUAUCUUAUUUUGCAUUGAACUUUACAACCGCUAGUUCAUUUCAAAUGCUAAGAGGUUCAGUGAUGGUUUUUACUGCUUUAUUCAGUAUUGUAUUUCUUAAAAAACGAUUAACUCGUAUUCACUGGCUUGGUAUUGCUACUGUUGUCAUGGGUCUUGUUGUUGUUGGUCUUUCCGAUCUUUUGUUUUCUAAAGUACCAGAAGGUAAUCAUUCAAAUGGAGAAAAGAUUGCCGGUAUUUUUCUUAUACUUCUUGCAAUGAUAUUCACAAGUUUACAAGUCGUAUAUGAAGAACGUUUUAUUGGGAAAUAUAAUAUUCCACCAUUGCAAGCAGUUGGUUGGGAAGGAAUAUUUGGCUUUUGUACACUGGGUUUUCUCCUUAUUCCGUUUAAUUUUAUUCAUUGGAACAGAUCACAUACUGGGCCUCAUCAUCGUCUUGAAGAUAUACCGUCAGCUUUUUGCAAUAUUCUUUCGAUAGCAUUUUUUAACUUUGCUGGUAUAUCUGUAACAAAAGAAUUGUCAUCAACAACUCGUAUGGUACUCGAUAGCGGUCGAACAUUAAUUAUAUGGGCUGUAUCAUUAUCACUAAGUUGGCAAAAAUUUUAUGCAUUACAAAUUGUAGGCUUUCUUCUGUUGGUUGCUGGAAUGGGUAUUUAUAAUGGCGUAUGGUUACAUAUAUAUCGUCAAUGUAGAGGUGAAGACCGUGAACCACUAGUACCUAGCUAUGAUGAUACCGAUGCAUAUGGAAAUACUCCAGGCAACUCAAAUAUUUCAUCGGGUGCAGAAAUCUAUGGUGUAUCAGAUAAAGAGUCACUUAAUGGAUAA